GUUGAUAGCUAAUUUUACACUCAUUUCGUUGUUUCUCGUUAUAUGUGCUUCACAUACAAAGUUAGUUUUUUUUUAUAUAUAAAUAAGAGGUUCGGGAACAUUCGUUUCCCUGUCUUUUGUGAUCUACAUACUAUUUACUCUUUCUUAUUGGAUCCUUCUGUUCAAUACUUCUUGAUUGACCAUCCACUAAUUCUUCUUAUGAGCAUACAAGGAAAUAAUUCGAGCAGAAUGACAAGUAAUACACAGAUUUAUUCGCCAGAAGAAACUUUAACUGAUAUUUUAGCGAGGUUACCUGUGAAAUCACUUUUGCGAUUCAAACGUGUAUGUAAAAGAUGGUGUGAUCUAAUCAAAAGUGUGCGUUUUAUCAGAAAGCACUGUGAUAGCCCAGGCAAUCGUACCCGUCCAGUGGUUUGCAAGUUCGGUGUUGACUACAACCAUGAGCCUGAGCCUCUAAGGGCUUUUAAUUUCUACGUGCUCCCUGAGAAAAUAUUCGCGGGCAUUGUCCCUACUCAUCACAGGCUUUAUCGUUGCGAAGGAGUUACGGAUUUCAGAUGUAUUUAUGGUCCGGUUGAUGGCCUAUUCGUAUUAGAGAAUGGGCAUUAUUUAGACAAUGUUCGGUUUUGUUGGUGGAAUCCUGCAACUAAAGAGUGUAGGCUUAUGCCCAAGUUUAAUUUCGAGCUUGACCUGUUUUUUGAAGAUCACAGCCGGACAGCUGGGAUGGGAUUAGACCUGGUCAAUAACGACUAUAAAUUUUUAUGGAUUCGAGUAUUUUACAAUGAUGAGAAAAGAGAGGUUUAUCCUAAGACGUAUGUUGCUCUUUAUUCGUUGAACAAUGACUCUUGGAAGGUUUUAGAUGAGCCUGAUUUAGCUUAUGACUGUGAAUUAUGUGUCACUUAAUUGCACGUAUUUGAACGGACUUCAUUAUUGGAUGUCCUUUACCAGGGACAAGGACAAUGAUGAUAACAACAUAUACGGCAUUAAAACGUUUGAUUUUGCAACUGAAUUAUUCGGGGAGAUGGAGCCUCCACCUAUUCCAGGGGAUCACUGGGGGACUUUAAUGUUACGCGGUGGCUCUCUUGCAGCUAUGUCUUGUAGUGAUACCUCACAGCCUAUGACGUCCAUUUAUGAUAUAUGGGUAAGGAUCGGAGCGAAUAAUUGGAUCAAAGUUUUUUCUGUAAAUCCUCCGAUAUCAUGGCAUUUUGCUCUCGGCGUGUGGGAUUAUGAUAAGUUCAUUUACGAGCUAACCCAAACUAACAAGAUGGUUUUAUAUGACCAUAGUACUAAAAAAGUUACAAGUCUUGGAUUUGAUCAUUUUCAGCGUUUAAGCUCCAGCUUCUGUUGGCCUCUGUAUUAUAAGGAGAGCAUAGUUCCAAUAAAGAGAAAAGAACCGACUGAGUACGAUCAUGCUGAAUACUUUUUCACAAAGUAUCGAUAAUCAAACACGAGAUGUGAGCGUUCAAGGACAAAUUCAACAGCGAUCAGCCUAAUUAAAGCGGUGGAAGAAAAAAGAGGCAGAAAAUAUAUGAGAACAUAGCAAUGUAAAUAUAGUGGUUAAAUGUGCUUGUUGCUGGAUACUACUGAUUGUAUAACUCUUGGGAUAAAGAUUUUGUUCAUUCAUAAGUUUUCCCACUCC